AUGCAACGCUUUUCGCAGGUUAACCGCAGCAAUACUGGUACCAUGGCGGCUAAUGUAGCUCUAUUUGCCCGUUCUGCCGAUGACGACUAUUUGGCGGUGCCAGAGAAGCCCGUCGAGGACGCCGACACCACCGCGGAGUCCUCUCAAUUCUCAGAAUCCUCUUCUCCCCUAGCGCGUAGAAAACGUGUCCGCACCCCUACUGCGCUCAACAUUUGGGCAGAGAGCCGUCAGCCAAAUCGCCAUGAGCCCGAACGCAACAAGCAUGGCCAGAAGAUAUGGUAUUGCAAGCGUUGCUCCUAUUCCCAGGCUGCCCAUAACAGAGUCCGUGGCCAUCUGCGGGAUAAGCACUGCGUACUGAUUUUCGAGCACCAGUCAGCUAAGAAGCUUGGACAGGGAGUCGCAAUUGACAGACUGUUUAGACAGCAAGCCGCGAGACAAAACGGACAGGAUGUUGAGCGGGAGAGAUACCUUCGUGCAUCAGUCGAUGAAGUCGCGUAUAAUCAAGCGCUGGUGAACCUUAUCACGGCGCAUAGUCUUCCCCAUAGCCUGGUCGAGUGGCCCGAAUGCCGGCAACUACGAAAAGCCUUGCUUGCCCUGCGAGAGCUCGAAGGUUCUCACAGCGGUGAAGCUAUUGCAGAGACGUUCCUCCAGGUCGUCGAUUCCUACGGUGUCCGCGCCAAGAUGGGAUACUUUACGCUUGAUAACGCUUACAACAAUGACACAAUGAUGCACACUGUUGCCGAGACCUGUGGCUUCAAUUCCACUCAUCGAAGACUUCGCUGUAACGGCCAUAUCAUAAAUCUGGCCGUGCAGGCGUUUCUGUUCGGUAAGAACAAGGAGGCUUCUGAUGAGGCAUUGCGUCAAGUUUCACGGCUGUCCCGCAGGGAACAGGAGGGAGCUGUUGGAAGAGCGGAGACGGCAACUGCCUGGCGGCAAUAUGGGGCACUCGGUAUGCUGCACAAUCUUGUGGUGUGGAUUCGCUCAUCAACCCAGCGUUACCAAGCGUUCCUGCAGGCUGCUGGCCGUAUAAUCCCGCAGGACAACUCGACGAGAUGGAACUCUUGGUAUCGAAUGAUUCAUGUAGCCAUCGCACUCCGCAAAGAGCUUAACAGCUUUAUGGAUGAUCGUUAUUCAGAGAGUGACAUCAGAUUUGAUUACCUCCAUCCAGAACACUGGCAGGAGCUCCAAGAGAUCCACGAUUUUCUACAACCUUUCUAUGAGAUUACUAAAGACACUCAAUGGGACAAGACGUCUUUGGAUGAGGUGAUUUGCUCCAUGGACUUUCUUGUUACGCAUUACAAAGCAGCCAUGGAGCAAUUCCAGCACAACACUACCAUGGUUGAUCGCAUUAUGACCAGCUGGUACAAGUUCGACGAUUACUAUACGCGUACAGAUGACACACCAGUCUACGCUGCGGCAAUCUUGCUUCAUCCUAGCCUCAGAGAAGCACAUCUGAAGGAGGCAUGGAAGGACCAACCUCAAUACAUUGGCCCAGCGAUUGCGGCCGUGCGCAAGCUAUGGGAUGAUUUCAAGCCGCAGCAAGAGCCAGAAAUCGAGGAGGACCUUUCGGCUUACGAGGCAUACAAGAAACGGAUCUACCAAAAGUCAUCUUGCCAUGAUGAAUUCAGCCGAUUCAUCGAGGGUCCAACGCUGCCAAUUGGCGACUCUUCUGCCCUUUCUUGGUGGCUUGAGCCGACGCAGCAAACCUCCUACCCCUCUCUCUAUCAUCUUGCAAUAAAUAUUUUCUCGAUACCAGCGAUGUCAGCGGAAGCCGAACGCGUGUUUAGUGGGGCCCGACGUACGGUUUCUUGGGAUAGAGGUCGGCUCUCUGCACAGAUAGUGGAGUAUACGGAGUGCUUGAAACACUGGAUUAAGAGCGGGCUCCUGGACCAGCCAUAUAUGAUUCCUGAACCAAUGGACGCUGAGUUGGAUUCUAGAGACAUAGAAAUGUUGUCUGAGGGUAUUGAACCCCGUGUAGUCCCAUUAGAAUAA